AUGCAGAGCUUUUCGGGCCUUCCACCAGCGCUCCGCCAAAAGGCCGCGAAUUUGGCCACAUGGUUUCCAGAGGUGUUGGCAAUCUCUGGCGCACCAGAGGAGAAUUUCUCGGGGGCGCAUCUGCACGUCAGUGAGAGUUCCACAUCCAAGACGCUUGAGGUGAUACUUCCAAAGAAGAAGCAACCUCAAAAAUCAGAGGCUCUCGGGCAAGGCGUUCAGGAGCGUUUGGAACGACUCGAUAGGCUUGCAGCGGACUUUGAAUCGCUGACCAGCCAACUGCAGACGUUGAACAGCGCUGCCAUGCGCCUUCAAAGAGAGGCGGUGGAGGAAUCGUCGAUGGGAACUCGACUGGAUGCAGCCACCGAUGAGUUGUUGAAAUUGACCGAGAUCUUGAAGGCCAAUCCACUGAAGGCAGCUCCCCAACUUCCGAACGAUUCGCCCAACGAAGGUUGUAGCCUGCCCCCAGCCGAAGCGGAAAGCACGAAGGCUCCGUUGCAAGCCCAGGUACGCCAAGGAAUGCUGGACGUGGGAUGA